AUGCCUUCGUUCAAAAACAUCUUUCUUGCAUCCGCAUGUGCUGCUCUUGCACUAGCUGCCCCGGUCAACAACAUCAGGAAGCGUAGUGAGACGAUCACUGACAACGAAACUGGUACUUACGGUGGCUACUACUUCUCGAACUACGUCGAGACAGGCUCCGACUCUUUCACGAUUGGAACUGGCACUUACAAUCUGCAAUGGACCAGUGCCAAUACCGAUGUUGUUGCUGGCAUCGGUUGGGCAACCGGCGCGGCACGCACAAUUAACUACACUGGAUCCAUAGAUGCUGAUAAUGACAGUCUCAUUGCUCUGUACGGCUGGACUACCGGCCCUCUCGUCGAGUACUAUGUCAUUGAGACCUACGGCACCUACAACCCUGGCAGCGCUGGAACUCAUCUGGGCACUGUCACUACUGACGGUGGUGUCUACGAUAUCUACGAGACCACACGUACCAACGCCCCCUCGAUCCAGGGAACUGCCACAUUCCACCAAUACCUCUCCGUGCGUCAGACCAAGCGCACCAGUGGUACCAUCACCUUCCAGAAUCACAUCAAUGCUUGGGCAUCUUUGGGCUUGAACCUCGGCACUUUCAACUACCAGAUCAUGGCCACCGAGGGCUACGAGAGCACCGGCUCUUCAUCCGUUACAAUCAACUAG